AUUGCACUCAUCCAUUUCCUGUUCACACCAUAACCAGCUCAUCUGUCUACCGCACAGCAACAUGCCGCUGCUCCUGAGGACCCUCGCUGGCCGUGCUGUCCCUGCCCUGCGGGGACACACCGUCUCUCAGCGGGCUAGUGUCUACACUAGACCGGCCAAGGAAAAGAUCGGGCCCGUUGAAACUGCCAUUGGACUGGGCAUGUUCUCCCUGGCCAUCCUGGGGCCAUCCGGGUGGAUCCUGGCCCACUUGGAGGACUACAAGAAAAAAGAAUAAAGUGGACAUUUUUACAGUGUCAUACCUGGUGCAUCCAGCUGUCUGUCUCCAGUGACAACCUGGGACCAUCCUCAUUAUAUUCUGCUGCAGAAUAUGGAACAAGUUUUACCUUCACUCUUCUACCUCCCUAACAAUUCAAUUCCACUCCACAUCCCAGACAGAAACCAACUGACUCUUACACAUUGAAUACAUUUAAAUUGUAUUGUACAACUUAUGUCUUAAGGAGUAUGUUACAGGAUUAAAUUUUAAACAACUAC